GUUGAGGUCUGUGUAGAGAUCUGGCGAUCAGUAACUUCGGGAUGUGAACUGUACAGGUUUAGUCUGCUGGUCACUUCAUUAGAGGGCCGUUAUGCAGAAUUAACAUUCAUGUCGUGCAGAAGCGGAGCCAGCGUUUGGGGUGCACUGGAAGUCUGCGUUUAUUUACAUAAAGCGGUCGAUCAAGACCCCUGUCUGCCGAGGUAACGGAGGACUUAUUGCUUUAUGAAGAGGACAGCGGACAGUGUGGAACGGGCUCGUAUAGCGCGAGAAAGCUGAAGAAAAAAGGAUGCAUUUCUAAACUGCGGUUUCUAAAUGCGUCUUCUUAUCGAGCAGCCAAGAACAAUGAGCAGUGGCUCUAGCAACUUUUUGCUAGUUCCUAUACCGGAGUACCCUGUAAUAGACUGCGUGCCUAACAAAAACGUCAAAAUAGUUGUUCUUGGGGCAAGCAAUGUCGGAAAAACAGCUCUGAUUGUAAGAUUUCUUACUAAGAGAUUCAUUGGAGACUAUGAAGCCAACACAGGAGCCUUGUAUUCAAGGAAGAUAAACUUGGAUGGGGAGCAAGUUUCUUUACAAGUACAGGACACUCCAUGUGUCUCAUUGCAGGAUGAUGUAGAGGGUCUUUACUGUCAGGAGCAGAUCAACCGCUCAAUUUACUGGGCAGAUGGUUAUGUGCUGGUCUUCUCCAUCACUGACCUCAACAGCUACCGUACCAUCCAGCCUCUCUACCAACACGUGCGCCGAAUCCAUCCCAGUGGCAACAUCCCCGUCAUCAUCGUGGGAAACAAGAGCGACCUGCUCCGCGCCCGGCAGGUCCCGGAUCAUGAGGGUAAGGCGCUGGCUGAUGAAUUGGGAGGGCCCUACUUUGAGGCUUCGGCCAGGGAGAACCAUGAGAGCGUCCAGGCUGCUUUUCUGCACUUAUGUCAGGAGAUGAGCCGAGCUCUGGGAGGAGGAAAUGGGGAGAAGAGAAAAGGUGGAUUACACCUUGCCAGGCCAAAAAGCCCGAACAUGCAAGAGCUGAAGAGAAGGUUCCGACAAGUGCUGUCAUCCAAGGUCAAGUCAGCUACGGCACUAUGAUGAUGAAAUGAGUGACAAAUGUGACCGUGGAGAAUUUAGAAAGUGUCGACAACAUGCUGUUGCUAAAGUGAUUGUGAAACAC